AUGAGCGAGCUGCUGGCGGAGAUAGAGGCUCGCAGGGGCGCAGACUUCGACGUCGACGUGGCCGCGGAGCGCCCCCCCGCUCCCUUCAACAGCAGCGCCCCGCAGCGCCGCGGCCCCUCGCUGCUCCGCGUGCUGCGCCGCCUGAAUGCAGACGCGGCGGCGCUCGCCGCAGAGCGCGGUGCCGACGACCCCGCAGCUAUCGCGGCGGCACAUGCUGCUGCGGAUCUGCUGCGUGAGGGGCGUGCGAUGCUGCAUGGCUUCGGGAUCACCAGCCAAGGGGCCCGGCGCACGCAGGCCCUUAUGCAAAGGUACAACGACGAGCUGGCGGCCAAGCAGGAGCAGCAAGACAGGGACGUGGCCGACCACCUUCGCACCAUGAUCGAGCUGCUCCCGCCGCGCUGGCGUCAAAACUGGGAGUACGGCACCCCCUACGACAUGAUGAUGAGGAACGUGGGCAGCAUCAACACCUCCGCGAUCUACAAAUGGGCGUGCACAGAAAGCAUAUUCUACGAGGAGCCCACCGCGCGCCCCGAGGACCGCUGGAUCCCGACCGGCAUGGAGUGCUCCGUGGCGGAGGCCAUCGCCGCCGCCGGCGGGCCCCUCAAGGACCACCCCAGCUGGAGUCUUCCCCACACCAUCACAGGCCUGCAUGUCAUCAUCGACCGCAGCCCCUGGGACGACUCCAGGCGCCGCGACAGGGCGCUCGAGUUCGGCGCGACCACAGCCCCGCAGCAGCCAGCCUUUGAUGUCGACGCAGACUCCCUCCUCCCAAUGCGCCGGCCGCAGCCGGUGUGCCCAGCGGAGCCCACUCCCUCGGCGUCUUGCCAGUGGAGCGCACCUGCGGCGCCGCGGCGCUUGAGGCUGCAGCCGCCGCGACCCGCGCUCACCGCCGCCUGGUGGGCGACCCCCGCCGCAGCCAUCUCCCAUGAGCAGGCCAGCAUCUUCAGCCUGCCCGCUUUCAACAGCGCCCUCCCCACAGUCACAUCUGCUGCUGCUGGUGCAUGCGUGGCGCAGCGUGUGAUGCUGACCGGGCGCAGCGCGGCAGUGGCUGCCGCAGGGAUGGGCGACCACGCCCCCUGCCUGCUCGCGUACCACGCGGCAGCGGCCGCGCCGCCUGCGCCCUGCGACCAGGUCAAGCCCGCUGACACGGCCGGCCGCAAGAAGCGGUGGUGGGGCCGGCGCGCAGCGGCAUGCGCUGCGAGCGGCGUCCUGUUGGGCGGCCUGCACCUGCUGUGCUCUGCUGGCUCUGCGGCUGCGGGCCUCCUGGCGCUGACCACCUGA